AUGGUGUUAAUGAUUGCGGGUUCGAGUGACGGGGAUAGAGGACGUAGGACACCGUAUGGGAUUGUUGUGAGCGUGGGGGCCAUUAUGUUGGCAAGAAGGUACCAGGGGACAAGAGAACACAAAGAUGAUGAAAAUGCUGAGUGGAAAUUGGAUGUUUAUAGUGGUAUUCACAACCACAACUUAUUUGAAAACUUGCACGGACACUCUUAUGCUGGAAGAUUAUCAAAGGAGCAGGUUUCCUUUGUUCACACUAUGAAGAAAGCAAUGGUGAAACCAAGGGCAAUUCUAAGAGCAUUGAAGGAAAAGGACCCGUCUAAUUUGAAAGAAGAUGAAUACCUCUCGUACCAUAGAUCGAACGAGUUGAAUGCGAUUACUGACUUGUUGUGGAUCCACCCCAAAUGCAUUAAGUUGGCACAGUCGUAUCCGUACGUAUUCGUCAUCGAUUGCACGUACAAGACCAAUCGUUACGGACUCCCAUUUCUUGAGAUUGUGGGUUUUACUUGUACCAACAAGACGUUCUCAAUUGCCUUUGCAUACUUGGAUCACGAAAAGACGGAAAAUUUCGAAUGGGCGUUGCGUUGUUUGAAGGAGGCCAUGACCAGUUGUCCUCGGCCUAAUUGCAUUGUAACAGAUCGAGAUUUGGGUUUAAUGAAAGCAGUGGCCAAUGUGUAUCCAUCGAGUCAUCACUUGCUGUGUCGGUGGCAUGUGAACAAGAAUAUAGUGGCCAAUUGUAAGAAAUUGUUCACAAAGGACAUCACCAAAUGGAAGCAAUUUCAGUCGGUUUUUUCGGCUCUUAUUGAAAGAAAUACCAUAGAGAAGUUCAAUGAGGAUUGGGAGUCAAUGAAAAGAACAUUUAUCGGUUAUUCUCAGGCUAUAGCAUAUGUAGCUAAUUCAUGGUUGGAUCCGUACAAGGAGAGACUUGUAUCGGUGUGGACAAAUAAGUGUACUCAUUUUGGAACGUACACUUCUAAUAGGGUGGAGGGGGCACACGGACGAAUGAAAAGGGAUGUGCAUAAUUCAACUGGCACAUUUGUGGAUUUGUAUACGAAAGUCCACAACCAAAUUGUCGAACAACACAAUGAUAUCAAAGCUUCCUUUGAAGUAAGUAAAAAUACUUACGAGCACACAUUCAAAACGUUGAUAUACAAUGAGCUUCGUGGAAGUAUCUCAAAAUACGCUCUGCAACUACUCAAAGUUGAGGUGGACAAUGCGAAACUAUUGCAACCGAGCGAUAUGGGUUGUAGUUGCGCCAUCCGAACAACUCUCGGUCUACCACGUUGCCAUGAACUUCAUGAGUAUGUUGUUGUGAACAAAUGUCCUAUCCCACUUGAGUUAAUAGGCUCGUAUUGGAAACACAUGAGCAUGGAGCCCGUCGCGACCACAGACCAAGUCAUCCUACCAACCAUCGACGAAGAAUUAUCGGAAUACCAGAAGCUCUUUGAAUGUGCCGAUCUCAAUGCAAAAACUCAAUUGCGCAACCAUUUGAGACAUUUUACCCACCCAGAGAAGACUAACCUUACGGAGCCAAGUGAAAAAGUUGUCAGCAAAGGUCGACCGGCAAAAAAUAGGAAAGACAAAUCAAGCACUCGGGACAAAUCACAUUUUGAGUAUGUGGAGCCAAAGAAAAAAAAAUCGAAGCAAGCUAGUUGUUCUCCAAAGCUUAUACCUGUACUGAUGAGAUUACGAGGGCACUCGAAUGAUUCUAUUAACACUAUACCAACUCAAGAGUCAGGAAAAAACACUAUACCGACGCAAGAGUCGUUCAAACCAUUAUUUGAAGAUGCAGAUGUGGGAUUGCCACCAGGUUUGAUCGGCAAGAAUAAGUACAUUGACACGAUCCAUCCACGAUUUCGUAUGCACGUUCGAGGAAUCAUCAAUGUCGGUUCAGAUGGACACUGUGGAUUUCGGGCAGUUGCCUCUAUGAUGGGAUUUGGAGAACAUGAAUGGGGUCGAUGUCUCACGUUCCUUCCUCUAUCGAGCGAUCCAAAGCUUUUCAGCGAGAGACAAGAGCACGGAAUGGCAUUCGUCGACAACUGUCACUUCGUGCAUGUUGUCUUGAACAACAAUUGUCCAAUACCUCCUAUCGCCGAUUAUUGGUACCGAUGUCAUGAUCCUAAAGCAGAUGGUUGGAAGCCUGCAGAAAUGGAUGGUCGGAUUACAGCAUUCCGAGAACUAAUAGGUCAAAAUGUUGCCACGCGAGAGAGUUUCGAGAUUAUUACUAUAUCAGACAAUGGUGAUAGUUCUCCGAACAAAACUAUGUAA